AUGCAUUGGUUUUUCUUUCUUAUCUUUACUUUAAGCUUUUGUCAAAUAACACCUAAAGAAUCUGUGUCUUCGGCACUUUGGAAUAAAUUCAAGGAUGUUCACAAAAAGCAAUAUGCAACCGUCGAAGAAGAAGCCUAUCGUCAAACUAUCUUCGAAGACAGAGUUGUUAUGAUCAAUCGACAUAAUUUUGAAGCUAAAUCGGGCAUGCAUACUUAUACACUUAAAAUUAAUCAAUUUGCCGAUAUGACAUACGGCGAGGUUGUUCGCACUAUUUCGAAUAACUAUCAAAAGAGUUUAUCAAAAAAGACGUCAAUAAAAAUUGAUCAUCACCUAUUAUUCAAACCGUCGAAUACAUCGUUACCAACCGCUGUUGAUUGGCGCAAGAGAGGUGCUGUAAGUAAUAUAAUUGAAAAUCAAGGACAAUGCGCUUCCGAUUGGGCUUAUGCAGCAACUGGCGCUUUAGAAGGACAGCAUUUUCUGAAGACGGGCAAUUUGGUACGACUUUCAGCUCAAAAUCUACUGGACUGUUCAGAUAAAUUUGGCAAUGAAGGUUGUAAUGGUGGACUCGUCAAUGCCGCAUUUCAGUAUAUUAAAGUUAAUAAUGGUGUGGACACUGAAGCAAGCUAUCCAUACGAAGCUGUGGACGGCAAAUGCCGUUUUAAUCAAUCGACUGUUGGUGCAACAGAUACAGGUUUUGCCCAAAUUCAAAGUGGAAAUGAGACAGCCUUACAAAUUGCAAUCGCUACUGUGGGUCCCAUUGCAGUGGGAAUUGAUGAUUUACACGAGUCGUUUAUCUACUAUGAAUCAGGUGUUUAUGAUGAACCAGCAUGUUCAAGUAAAGAUUGGUAUCACCCACUAGUUGUUGUUGGAUAUGAUACAUUUAAUAACGGAACAGUAAAACAAGAUUUUUAUUUUGUGAAAAACUCUUGGGGUGAAUCAUGGGGUAUGAAGGGUUAUAUUUGGAUGAGUCGUAACAAGAACAAUCAAUGCGGUAUUGCAAGUAGAGCCAGUUAUCCACUCGUUUAA